UGGGGGUGUGUUGCUGCCUUUAACCCUCCUGGCUUUCUGCUCCUCGCUCUCUCACUUGUGUGGAGUUUGCGGAGCUGCCACAAGCCUCAGGAUCAGGAACCACAGCAAAGAGAGGAGAGAAAAAGACAAGACCUGGACAUGUCUGGAAAGUCGAUAGAGGAGAUUGUGAAAGAUAUUAAUUCCACCAGAUGUGUUGGGAUUGAAAUCACCAACAACAGCAAACAUUUCAAGCUGUCUCUGCCUGCACAUGUCUGGAAAGUCGAUAGAGGAGAUUGUGAAAGAUAUUAAUUCCACCAGAUGUGUUGGGAUUGAAAUCACCAACAACAGCAAACAUUUCAAGCUGUCUCUGCCUGCGACCUAUGCUUACUGUGGCCGUGUGAACAUCCCCCCAGACCCCACCAUAGAGAAAGGGCAGAAAGGAGUAUCUGUAUUCAUCAAGACUCCACUGUCAGCCUAUGGCUGUGUUGGUGUCCUGAGCUACAUGUUUGAUGACCAGCAAAUAUCUCUGCUUUUCUCCAACCCUCUCGACCAACUGAAGUAUAACGUCGAAUAUGCCCUCUACAUUCCUGACCAAACAACACCGACCGAUGAAGCUUUAUAUAACAAUAUGUACUACCAUUUGUCGGAGACCAAAUCCUUCACGAAGGCGUCCCUUGGCAGAGGGAAUGCAACGCUACAGAUUGUCACUGACCAGAUGGAGGUCACAGCUACAAUGGCAAAUGAGAAAAGUAAAGCCAUAAUCAAACUGCAGGUCGGAGAUGCUUCCUCAACUCCUUUCAGUCCCAACUGAUGUGAUGUUUGGUGAGAAACGAACGGAUACUCAUAUCUGUCACAGCAUCACUGCAUUUAGCCGUCCUCCCCGCAGAUUGCAAAACAACCCCUUCUUAAAGGCUUCGUUAACUGAGUUGUACUCAGCCCCUCCCCAAAUCAUAUUUCCACCCGCUUCCUAUGCACAGAGGGAGUUUGCUCAGGAUCACUCACAAUGCCUUUUCUAUAUUGGUUCUUAAGCGAGUAGAAAUAAGCAGAAUUAAUUUUCUACUUAUCUUUUCCAACAUAUAGAUUUCGUGGGACUCAAAGAACCAAAAUUCAUUGCUCGCUGCUUUUCUGCCCUCAAUUUAUUUUUGAAAUGAAUCUUGACUUUAUUUUGCAAAACAUUUUUAGCACCACUUUGUAAUGCCGUGGUUUGGAAUAAAAGACAAUACAAAAUCAA